GCGACCAUCUGGUCGGUGCUGGUGUAUUUCCUCACGGGCCUGAGCCUCUCUGACUAUGGAGCGCACUUCUUCAUCUUCCUCGCUGUGCUUGCCCUUGUAGCCAUCCACGGCGCCGCCAUGAUCCGAUUCAUCGCCUUCGCCGCCCGCUCGCUGCGCUCCGCCGCCUUUGCUGCUGCCAUCUUCAUGGGCCCCGGCAUGUUCCUCUUCGGCCACAUGCUUGUAGCGAAGGUGCUUAUACCGAGUUUCUGGAUCUGGCUAUACUGGAUCAACCCCAUCCAGUGGGCAGCGACGUUACUUGUGAUUAACGAGCACCGGCCAUUCGUCCCUGUGGCAUUCUGCCCGGCUCCGGACCGCGUCCCUGCUACCAUGCCGUACUGUGUGGGGAGGGAGGGGUGGCCGAUUGGCAAGGCGUACAUGGAGGAAUUCAGCUGGAACUUCGAAUGGGCGUACAUGAUCGCUGGGCCGCUCGUGAUUCUCGCGUGGAUUGCAGUGUGGACAGCGGGCACGCUCCUGUGCAUGCAGCCCAGCCACUACAAGAGCUUCGCGCCUGCAGUGAGGGUGCUGAGUGAGAGCAAGCGAGGGAUGAGGCGCGUGAUUGUCAGGGGGGAGGACGAGGGUGGUGAGGGGCAGGACGGGGUCAAGGGAGGGACGGUUUCUGGGGGAACAGGAAUGGGGGCGAGUGUGGCGAGAGUUGGGGAGGCAGCAGCAGAAGCAGCCGAAGCAGCAGCGGCAGCAGCGGGAAGGGCAGCGGAUGUGGUUGCAGAAACAGUUGCUCAAGUGGCGUCUGUGGCAGAAGAAGCUGCUGCUGCUGCAGGGCAGGCAGUGGCAGCCGCAGGGGAGGCGGUGGCAGCAGCGGGAGCAGCGGCAGUGACAGUGGCAAUGCAAGGGAUGGGCAGCGGAGCAUCCCUGCCAUGGGUUGGUGAGGGCGGCCCAGAGUGGGGGCCUCUUGGUGGCACAGGAGCAGCAGGGUCCGCACAAGCUGCAGCAGCUGCAGCAGCGGCAGCAGCAGCAGCAGCAGCGGCAGCAGAGGCAGAGGCAGCGGUGAUGGAGUCCAACAUCCCCUUCACCCCAUACCUCAUCACCUUUGAAGGCCUCUCCUGCUCCUUGCCCCUUCCCAGCCAAUCAGAGAGCUCCUGGACGAACUCUCUGGGCGGCAGCAGUGGCCUUGGGGCGGCAGCGGUGUGGCGAGGAGGAGCGAGGUGAGCCGCAGCCUGGUGCGCGGCGUGACGGGGUGGGUGAAGCCGGGGGAGAUCACGGCUAUCGCGGGGGGCAGGAGCACUGGCAAGACUACGUUGCUCAACUGCCUGGCAGGUCGCAAGGUGCCGGGGCAACUGACCGGCCGCCUGCUGGUGAACGGCAAGCCCAGGGACGCCCCGUCCUUCCGGUGCAACACGUCGUACAUGGAGGGCGCCGACCUCUACUACCCUCUCCUCACGCUGCGCGAGAGCCUGCUGUACCGCACCGCGCUCACACUGCCUAAGCACAUGCCCGACAAGCGGCGGCGUGCGUUUGUGGCGCAGAUUCUGGAGCUGAUGGAGUUCAAGGGAGGCGUGGCGGACUGCCUGGUGCAGGACAUUCUGGCGGACGGGGUGGGGUCGGCAUAUGUGGAGAAGCGCAUUGUGUUUGCGAUGGAGAUGGCGGGCAACCCGAGUGUGAUCUUCUUUGACGCACCGUUUCUCAGGAUGGACACCACUGAGGUCGCCAAGUUCUCAGGCAUGCUCAAGCAUGUGGCAGCCGUGUGGGGGCGGGCCAUGGUGGUGGUGUCCAACGCGGUUACCGCGUUCCAUCUGAACGCCUUCCACUCGCUGCUCAUGCUGGGCAGCGGCGGCGAGAUGGUCUUCUUCGGCCCCGCGGGGAGAAACGGCCACGCGCUUGUGGAGUAUUUCUCUGCCAUCCCUG